AUGGCAGCAGAACAGAUUGCAUGGAUUGGGCUGGGGAACAUGGGAAGGGGUAUGGUCAAAAACCUGACUGAAAAGGGAUCACUCUCCAAGCCACUGAUAGUUUACAAUCGGACGCAGUCCCGAGCUAUCGACCUUGCAAAAACACUGUCCCAGCAAAUCAUCCCAGUAUCAACGGUCAAAGAGGCGGUAGAGAAGGCUACAAUAGUGUUCAUCUGCCUUGGUGAUGAUGCCGCUGUUGAAAGUACCAUCAAUGACGCAUUGAAAUCAACAGAGGUGAAAGGUAAAUUGUUCGUGGAUUGCUCUACCAUCCACCCAGACAAAACUCGUCGUCUAGCCCAGCUGCUCGAAACCUCAGGUGCAUCCUUCGCUGCUUGUCCUGUAUUCGGAGCGCCGGCGAUGGCAGAUGCAGGUCAGUUGAUCUGUGUUCUUGCGGGGCGCAAGCAAUCUGUUGAUCGUGUCAAGCCUUUCUGCACCGGUGUGAUGGGACGUGCCAUCAUCGAUCUAUCCACUGAAUCAGAAGAUCCUGGAAAGGCAUCUAUGCUAAAAGUCAUGGGCAACAGCAUGAUAUUCCAGAUGGUAUCCGCCAUCUCGGAGAGCAUGGUUGUGGCCGAGAAGUCCGAGCUGGGUGUCAAGCCGUUGCAUACUUUCCUUGAGCUGAUGUUUCCAGGACCAUAUGUGGGUUAUUCAAACAGGAUGCUAUCUGGCGAGUACCAUAGGCUGGAAGAGCCCUUAUUUGCACUUGAUCUUGCCCGGAAGGAUGCAAAACACGCAAUGGAUAUGGCAAAGGCUGUAGAUGCCAGGAUGAAAGGGAUAGAAAUGGUGGAUGAAAUGUUACAGGCUGCCAAGUCACAUUCAGGAGCAAACGGAGAUAUGUCUGCCAUCUAUGGUAUUGCAAGAGAGAAUGCCGGGAUGAAGUUUGAGAACAAUUAA